AGCCUUCGCCGGGGAGCAAUGCCUUCUGCCUGGAGCCGGGGAGUUUCUGGCCCCGGCGUGGUCGUCCUGCUCCUGCUGGCUGUUUGCAAGCCCAGGCUUUGCCACGCAGGGAUUGAGUAUGGGGAAGUGCUUCCAGAUUCCUUCCCAUCAGCCCCUGCGGAGUCCCUUCCCCACUUCCUCCUGGAGCCGCAAGAUGCCUACAUCGUGAAGAACAAGCCCGUGGAGCUGAUCUGCAGAGCCAACCCGGCCACCCAGAUCUACUUCAAGUGCAACGGCGAGUGGGUGAAUCAGAAUGAUCAUCUCACAAAGGAGAGCUUGGAUGAAGUCACAGGGCUCCUUGUAAGAGAAGUCCAGAUCGAAGUGUCACGACAGCAAGUGGAGGAACUCUUUGGCUUAGAAGACUACUGGUGUCAGUGUGUGGCCUGGAGUUCGGCUGGAACCACCAAAAGUCGACGGGCUUAUGUCCGGAUAGCCUACCUGAGGAAGAACUUUGACCAGGAGCCCCUUGGGAAAGAGGUGCCGCUGGAUCACGAAGUCCUUCUGCAGUGCCGCCCGCCUGAGGGAGUGCCAACCGCUGAGGUGGAGUGGCUAAGGAAUGAGGAUGUCAUUGACUCAACCCGGGACACCAACUUCCUGAUCACCAUUGACCACAACCUCAUCAUCAAGCAGGCUAGACUCUCCGACACGGCCAACUACACCUGUGUGGCCAAGAACAUUGUUGCCAGACGGCGGAGCACCACAGCCACGGUCAUUGUCUAUGUGAACGGUGGUUGGUCUACCUGGUCGGAAUGGUCCCCAUGCAGCAACCGCUGCGGUCGUGGAUGGCAGAAGCGCACCCGGUCCUGCACCAAUCCGGCGCCUCUCAACGGUGGCUCCGUUUGUGAUGGGCAGUCUUUCCAGAAGCUUGCCUGUACUACGAUGUGCCCAGUAGACGGAGCCUGGACCGAGUGGAGCAAGUGGUCAGCCUGUAGCACGGAGUGCACGCACUGGAGGAGCAGAGAAUGCACGGCCCCUUCUCCCAAAAAUGGAGGCAAAGACUGCAGCGGAGUGCUGCUCGACUCCAAAAACUGCACCGACGGGCUCUGUAUGCAAAAUAAAAGAUUUGUAAACGAACCCAAAAGUCACCUACUUGAGGCUACUGGCGAUGUGGCCAUGUAUGCGGGCCUAGUGGUUGCCAUCUUUGUCUUCAUCGUUAUCCUGAUGGCUGUCGGGGUGGUUGUGUAUAGGCGCAGCUGCCGGGACUUUGACACUGACAUAACAGACUCUUCAGCUGCUCUGACAGGAGGUUUCCACCCAGUCAAUUUCAAGACCUCCAGACAUGACACCCCCCAGUUGCUGCACCCUUCAAUGCAACCCGAUCUAACGGCCAACGCAGGUGUCUACCGUGGUCCCAUGUAUGCCUUGCAAGAUUCCUCUGACAAGAUCCCAAUGACCAACUCUCCAUUGCUUGACCCGCUCCCUAAUCUCAAGAUCAAAGUGUAUAAUUCCUCCACAGCAUCAUCCUCUCCCGGGAUGCACGAGGGGGCAGACCUGUUAGGAGCUGUGCUCCCAGGCACCUUCCCAGGGGAGAACCUCAGGGACAACCAUUUCAUGAACCUAAGGAACAAGACCAUGGGCUCUCAGCAGCUCCUGACCCUGCCUCGGGAGCCUGGGAAUAGUGCCACCGGGACAUUCGGCUGUCUGGGAGGAAGGCUCACCAUCCCUGGCACAGGGGUGAGUCUCUUGGUGCCACAUGGAGCAAUUCCUCAAGGGAAAUUCUAUGAAAUGUACCUGAUGAUCAACAAAGCAGAAAAUACUCUCUUACCCUCAGAAGGCACUCAAACAGUGCUGAGCCCCAUGGUGACCUGCGGGCCCACUGGGCUGCUCUUAUGCCGCCCCGUGAUCCUGACUGUCCCACACUGUGCAGACGUCAGUUCUCCGGACUGGAUGUUGCAGCUGAAAACGCAUUCCCACCAAGGAAACUGGGAGGAAGUUGUAACUCUGGAUGAAGAGACUUUAAACACUCCCUGUUACUGCCAGUUGGAAGCCAAGUGCUGCCAUGUCCUGCUAGACCAGCUUGGAACGUACGUCCUUGUGGGAGAGUCCUACUCUAGGUCAGCCAUCAAGAGACUCCAGCUAGCCAUCUUCGCUCCCACCCUCUGUACCUCUCUGGAAUACAGUCUCAAAGUAUAUUGCCUGGAGGACACGCCAGAUGCCCUGAAGGAAGUGCUUGAAUUAGAAAGGACCCUUGGUGGCUAUCUGCUGGAAGAGCCCAAGCCCCUCCUGUUUAAGGACAGCUACCACAACUUGCGCCUCUCCGUCCACGAUAUCCCUCAUGCGCUUUGGAGGAGCAAACUCCUGGCCAAAUACCAGGAGAUCCCUUUCUAUCACAUCUGGAGUGGCAGUCAGCGGGCGCUGCACUGCACCUUCACGCUUGAGAGAUACAGCCCAGCAUCCACGGAGCUGACCUGCAAGAUCUGCGUUCGGCAAGUGGAAGGGGAAGGGCAGAUAUUUCAGCUACACGUCACGCUUGGAGAGAACUCCAGUUCCUUUGAUGCCUUGUGUUCCUACCCUGGCAGCGCCCUGACGACUCAGCUGGGGCCGUAUGCCUUCAAGAUCCCUCUGUCCAUACGGCAGAAAAUCUGCAACAGCCUUGAUGCCCCCAACUCCAGAGGGAACGACUGGCGGCUCCUGGCUCAGAAGCUCUCCAUGGACAGGUAUCUGAAUUUCUUUGCCACCAAAGCCAGCCCAACAGGGGUGAUUCUGGACUUGUGGGAAGCCCAGCACCAAGACGAUGGGGAUCUUAAUACUCUGGCCAGUGCCUUGGAAGAGAUGGGCAAGAGUGAGAUGCUGGUUGUCAUGGCAACGGAAGGGGACUGCUGAUGCAGCUCUUCAAGAAGACUUCCGGCAACGGCCGAGUGGAGGAGGGAGUGAGAAAAAGGAG